CGUUCUUCCCGCCGAACCCGCCGUCGUACGAGCUGGUGAGGGAAGCAGCGACGGGGCAGAUGAUGAUGAGCCGAUUCCCGCACAGGGAGAAUGUGGAGGUGAUGAAGUUACCUACGCGGCGGGGCACGGAGAUCGUUGCCGUCUAUAUACGAAACCCGAUGGCCACGUCGACGCUGCUAUACUCGCAUGGAAACGCGGCCGAUCUUGGUCAGAUGUAUGAGCUAUUCGUGGAACUCAGCAUCCAUCUCCGUGUCAAUCUUAUGGGGUAUGAUUACUCUGGCUAUGGUCAAUCAUCUGGAAAGCCAACAGAGCAGAAUACAUAUUCUGAUAUUGAGGCCGCAUAUAAGUGUCUGAUUGAGAAUUAUGGCACGAAGGAGGAAAAUAUUUUACUUUAUGGGCAAUCUGUCGGAAGCGGACCUACUCUCAAUCUCGCCGCAAGGCUUCAAUGCUUACGAUCGGUUGUUUUACACAGCCCCAUAUUAUCUGGUUUAAGAGUGAUGUAUCCUGUUAAACGGACAUACUGGUUCGACAUCUACAAGAAUAUUGACAAGAUUCCGUUAGUCAAUUGUCCUGUGCUAAUAAUACAUGGAACGGCCGACGAUGUAGUGGACUUCUCUCAUGGAAAACAACUUUGGGAACUAUGCAAAGAAAAAUACGAACCAUUAUGGCUCGCAGGAGGAAAACAUUGCGAUUUAGAACUUUUCCCUGAAUAUAUCAGACAUUUGAAAAAAUUUAUAUCAACGGUCGAAAAAUCACCCUCCCAUAAACUCAGCUGCAGAAGAAGCAGCACUGACCACUCCGAACCUGCUAGGAAAAGUUUUGAUUUCUGGGAGAAAUUUAGAAAAAAUUUAAUCAAAUCUAACGGUAAAGAAAAGCAUAAAUUUAAAUUCUCAGUUGAAGGGAUGGAGAAGCAUAGGAGAAGUGUGGAUUGUAUUGAAAGGACGAAUAGGAAUACUGAAAUGGUGGAAAGAGGUAGGAGAAGUGUGGACAGAUUGGAUAGAAUAAGGGCUGGGUAA